AUGAAAGACUACAAAACAAUCAAAGAGGAGUUUCUCACCAAAGUUGCUUUUCUUCUGUGGGAGAUUUGGAAAGCUAGGAAUGCUUUUGUCUAUGAAGCUGCUACAAUUGACCCAAGCUUAAUCGCCAGGAAAGCUAAUUUGGCUGCAGCUGAAUUCAUCACCUGCAAAAACCACAAGGUCAUUUCAAAUUCAAUGCCGGUAUCUCAUUUGCACUCUCGGCAGUCUCAGAGUAAUCACCCAAACCAUGGUAGGACUUCUAUCUCCCUUUCCCCCACUGUGAGUAAUGUGACAGAAAUUUGGAGCCCCCCUCCUCCUGGUCAUUUUAAAAUAAAUUGUGAUGCAGCAUGGAUAGAGAGUUCAAAGCUUACCGGUAUCAGUGCUUUAGCGCGUGAUUGUCAUGGUACUCUCUUUGAUGGAGCUACCUUGUUGUGUCGAGCGGGAUCAGUGUUAGAGGCGGAAGCAGCGGCUGCGGUGGUGGCUAUUGAGGUGGCCAAACGUCUCCCUCCCUCUCCGAUCAUCCUCGAGUCAGAUUCAAAAGCCUUAGUGGACCAGAUAAACAAUUCAAAGUUUCCAUGUAAUUGGAAAAUUGCUCCUGUUGUGACUAUGAUUCAGAAUUCAAUUACCUCGAACCCGCGUCUAGCUUGGUUUUGGAUUUCAAGAAAAGCGAACUCUGCAGCCGAUUUGGUUGCCUCGCUAGUAGUGAGGAAGAAGUGCCCGGAGGUCUGGAUUGAUCGCCCGCCUUCUUCCCUUGUGUUUGUUCUUUCUCGUGAUGGUUUGCCGUGCCCUCCGCCUUCUAUCUUGGAUAUUGGAAGCCCAUGA